AGGAAUCUGCUGGACAUGUCUGGUACUGACAUACUGUUACUUCUAUGUGUUUGGACUGUUGACAACUGUGAAACACAAUCAUGCAUCUUUAUGUCUGAAACUGCUGCAAGAGUGAAAAUGGCCGAGGAAACAGUUAAGCGAGUGACUGGGAUUAAUCCUUGUAAUAUAUCUCGGCCCACUGUACCUAGUGUAGGCAUGCCUUUCAUUAGCAAUCCAUUGGAAGCAUCUACAGGUUUGGUGGCAAUGCAGCCAAAUACUAAUCAGUUAUUUCACCAACCAGUUCCGAGCAUCGCUUCUCCCAUGCAUCACCCGAGAUUGGACAACAGUUAUGGAAGCAACAACUUGGUUUCUCCUAUUGUGAAUCCACAAACAGAAAUAGGAGUGAAAAAUGUUUUUGAACCAUCUGCAUUGCAGCACACGCCUGGUGGUGUGCAAAAGCAGAUUUGCCCUGUUGCAAGUCCAUGCGUACCCAUUCCUGGCUGGGAACCCGGACUACCCCAUUCGGCUGCCAAGAACAACAAACAAAGCUGAAUAUUACUGCGCUUCCUGUUGUGUCAUUGAGCCAGGGAUUCAGAACUUAGCUGUUGGUAAAACUAUUGGUUAUAUCUAUUCAUUGGCAUUGAUCAUUCUCACUAAAUUUUUUGUACCUAAGAUCAUCAUCAUUGGCCAUCAUAUCAUAUCUGUCAUCAUAACAUUGGCUAGUUAGCUACUUGGUUAAAAUUUAAAGGGUAAGUAAUUCUGUAA